GAGUGGUUCGAAUAUGGACGUUAUGGCAGAAAUUGUAAUUUAUAAAUAUUUACAAGUACAACUUUUCAUCGUAAGAAUCCAUACCUUACACGUUAAUAGAGACACAUGGUUAAGGACUAAUUAUAGAUACACGAACUUAAAACCAUAUGGUCGAUGAUCUCUAUAUAUAGACUCAUCUCUUCUUUUUACUAAUUCGACCUCCUGCUUAAAUUGUAAGGAAAUAUUAUCAGAAAACUAAAGAAAAAUAUCAAGUUUUAAAAGAGGUGAAGGAGAAUAUAAAAGAGUCAUGACUACUUUGUCAAAGAUUCUAUGUGUGUUGAUCGUUCUUCUUUUAUGUUUCUCCUUUCGAUAUUCACUUCAUGAUGGGAAUCAACAGUCAAGCCAUGACUUCGUUUCAACUGCCAAGGCGACGACUGAAUAUGGUGAUGUGAUAAAGAAGAUGAUAGGAGGAAGAAAAUUGAUGAUAGCAAGUGAAGACGAAGUUGAAGAAACAAGGAUGGAGAGAGGAAAUAGAGAGAUAGAGAGAAACUCAAGCAAAGGUGUUGAAGAGGAUGGAAAAGAAGAAGAAGAAGAAACGACAAUGAAGAGAGGCAAUAGAGAGACAGAGAGAAAAGCAAGCAAAAGUGUUGAAGAGGAUGGACUCGUUGCUUACACUGCUGAUUAUUGGAGAGCUAAGCAUCAUCCUCCCAAGAACAACUAAUUAUAAUUCUGAAAUAAUAAUAAACAUGCCAGACUCCACAUAUGAAUAUCUCUAUAGAUAUAUAACCUUAUAAUAUAAAGAGAAAUAUGUCUAUUAUAUGGUGUGGUUAACUUGCAUUUGUAGUUUGUUUUUUCUUUUCUUUGACGUUGUAACGGCUUAUUUAAUGAUUUACAUGUAAACCAAAAUUUUGAACCUUUGAAGCUUUCGUAUGUUAAGUGUAUAUGAAUUAUGACUUCUUCUUUUUCUUCAA